AUGUCUAUUAUGUAUCUAACCACCAUUAGUUUUAGUUUUAUCAUUCAAACAGCGGAACAAGAAAUGAAUGAGAAGAAGAAGGCAUUUAAGAAUCUUCAACUUAAACUACAAUCUGCAGACGAAGCUCAUAUUGAAGCGAAGAAAUCGUUACAAGGUAGAAAACAUGAAAAAGCAAUUUGA